AUGCCAGAUAUCCAGGUUUUCACCGAUUUUGCGCGCCUGCUUUUCCUGCUGGAGAAGGAUCUUCGGAUUCCAGAAUAUGUUCUUGACGCUCCCAUAUCUUCGCCUGAUCCGUGGCCAUCCUGGCUCCCAAAUUGGUCGUACACAGGGCAGUCCGAUCGCACGUUUGGCGGAGGAACCAAUGUGUUCAAGGCAGCAGACGCCGUCUCCCCUACUCUCAGCUUCUCCGAGAAUGGUAAAUCUCUGAUCGUAAAAGAAAUCCUCGUUGACACCGUCACAGAGGCUCUCGGGGUGCCCUGCAAUGGAUAUUUUAUGAAAGGUCGUGUGGUCCAUGUCGAACCGGCCAUUUUCAGUCGGUACCUGGCGUUUCACCAAGUUUACAUGAAGGCCAUGAGAGCUAUAUCUGUGUCGCCCACGUCAUCAUCCGUGGAUGAACUAAAAAGAUUCAUCCUUGUAAACACGUCGGGUACUGACAUGAGACAUCCACCGGUCGACCUGGACCGGCUGUCGGAGCCAUUCAUCGUCUGGAUGGACUCUUGUUGUUUCGGUGGUUGA